UCUGACAGUAGAUGAUUGAAGUUAAAGUUGAAAGCGAUGUGAAGUGCACUAUUGCUCCCUAUCUUUCUUCUUCUCUCUUCCUCUCUUUGCUGAAAGGCUUAUCCUCGAUCACAUGUUAUAUAUAUGUGCUAAAAACCUCAGAAGCAUCUCAAAAGGAAAUAAUAUUAAAAGAAAAUGGUGAUAUCGACCACCUAUCCCGCGGCGGAGCAGCAGGUUCAAUCCAGUACUUUUGCUUCCAGAUAUGUCCGCGAACCCCUUCCUAGGUUCAAGAUGCCAAAAAAUUCAAUGCCCAAAGAAGCAGCAUAUCAAAUAAUAAAUGAUGAAUUGAUGCUUGACGGAAAUCCAAGGUUGAACUUGGCAUCUUUUGUGACCACAUGGAUGGAGCCUGAGUGUAAUAAACUCAUGAUGGCUUCAAUAAAUAAGAACUAUGUUGACAUGGAUGAAUACCCUGUUACAACUGAGCUCCAGAAUCGAUGUGUAAACAUGAUUGCAAACUUAUACCAUGCUCCAAUCGGGGAUGGUGAGACAGCAGUUGGAGUUGGGACUGUUGGUUCCUCUGAGGCAAUAAUGCUGGCAGGAUUAGCUUUUAAAAGAAAGUGGCAGCAAAAGAGAAAAUCACAGGGCAAACCCUAUGACAAGCCCAACAUAGUCACAGGAGCAAAUGUGCAGGUUUGCUGGGAGAAGUUUGCUAGGUACUUUGAGGUUGAGCUGAAGGAGGUGAAGCUGAAAGAGGGAUAUUAUGUGAUGGACCCUGCGAAAGCAGUGGAAAUGGUUGAUGAGAAUACCAUAUGUGUUGCAGCCAUUCUGGGAUCUACCCUGACUGGGGAGUUUGAGAAUGUCAAGCUCCUUAAUGAACUUCUCACCAACAAGAAUAAGGAGACUGGUUGGGACACCCCAAUACAUGUUGAUGCUGCCAGUGGAGGGUUCAUUGCUCCUUUUGUUUAUCCGGAUCUUGAGUGGGAUUUCCGCCUGCCAUUAGUAAAAAGCAUCAAUGUAAGUGGGCACAAGUAUGGCCUUGUAUAUGCUGGUGUUGGUUGGGUUGUGUGGCGAUCCAAGGAGGAGUUGCCUGAGGAUCUUGUCUUUCAUAUCAACUACCUUGGAUCUGAUCAGCCCACUUUCACCUUAAACUUCUCUAAAGGGUCUAGUCAAAUUAUAGCUCAAUAUUAUCAGCUUAUUCGGCUUGGCUUUGAGGGGUACCAGAAUAUCAUUGAAAACUGCAUAGAGAAUGCAACAGUUCUGAAGGAAGGGAUAGAGAAAACAGGACGAUUUGACAUUGUCUCCAAAGAUGUGGGUGUUCCCCUUGUGGCUUUUGCUCUAAAGGACAGUAGUAAAUACACUGUGUUUCAGAUAUCUGAGGGUUUGAGAAAGUUCGGGUGGAUUGUUCCAGCUUAUACAAUGCCUGCAGAUGCCCAACAUAUUGCUGUGCUCCGAGUGGUUAUUAGGGAGGACUUCAGUCGCAGCCUGGCAGAGAGACUUGCGUCACAUAUUGAGGAGGUUGUGAAGGAACUAGACUCACUUGCAAGUGUUGUGGCCAUUGGAGCUUCCCAUGUUGAUUCUGUUGUUGAUGCAGUUCAAGAAGGGAAUAAGGGUGGGACAGCUGCUAGAAAGACUGAGAGAGAUAUUCAAGCAGAGGUCAUCACGUCCUGGAGGCGUUUCGUGGAAAAUAAGAGAACAGGGGUCUGUUAAGACCCUACAAUAUCUGUUCUACUGUAUUAUUUGUAACCAUAUUGUGAAUUAAUGGAUUGUUGUGGCAAUGUUUACUUUUUCCGAAGUGCAGCAUUACUUUUUAUAAGGCAAUUUCGUUGUAUUAUGCAAUUAUAACAGUGAUAUAUGUUGUGUUUGUGGAAUAUUAUAUUCAAAUAAAGUAAUUAUGGAUGUUUUUAUUUGUCUUGCCUGCUUGAUU